AUGGGUGAUAAGAAUAAAAACAUUAUACUGUGUUUUGAUGGAACACUUGAAAAUUUUGGUGCGCAGCCAUUUACAAAUGUUUUAAAGAUUUAUCAAAUGUUAGACACAUCUGAUAAAUCUAAACAAGUGUGUUAUUACCAGCCAGGAAUAGGGACUUCUGCUGACUUUGACCAAUCUUAUCAUUUCAAACGAAUUCUCACAGGUUCAUAUAUUAAAAAUAUUGUUGAUGCAAUGUUUGCUUUUAGUUUAGCUUCCAAUAUUAAAAAGGUUUAUCAGUAUUUAAUGAAACAUUGGAAUUAUGGUGAUAGAAUAUACAUGUUUGGAUUCUCACGAGGUGCUUUUAUUGCAAGAGUUUUGGCAGGAAUGUUAGAGCGAGUUGGGCUAUUAAACGAAGGAUUGGAGCACCUUAUCGAUAUGGCAUGGAAUAUCUACUCAUACUGGGAAUCUGCAGAGCAACCAACUAUACCAAACUAUACACUUUCUAUAGUAGAAGAAUUUAAGAGAACGUUUUGUACUUCACAUCCAAUUGAAGUCCAUUUUCAAGGUUUAUUUGAUUCAGUAAAUUCAGUAGGAAUAAUAAGAGACAGAUCAUUUCCAUAUACACAGCGCUCUAAUAUUGUAAAUCAUAUUAGGCAUGCAUUGGCAAUUGAUGAGAGAAGAGGUAAAUUUAAACAACAAAAUUUUGAAUUUGAUGUUAACCACCAGUCACAUUUAAUUUCAAAAUACAGAAGGCAUAUCUAUGUGAAAAUAAAUUCUGAAAGCUGGAAUGCUAGUUCAAAUAAGGACAAACAUACAAUGUGGGAUGUUAAAUCACGCGGACAUUUUCAAUCAACAACUCGGUCUCUAAGCCCUUUUUUGCCUCCAACUGAUCCACUUUCCAGCUCAAAAUUAAAAUUAUCAAAAACAUUAGAGCUGCCCAAUAAACUUAUGCUAAAUUUAAGUAUAUAUUCAUCUUCCCUAGAUCCAAUUUCAACAAAGGUGAAUGUGGAAGGUAAUUUUAUAAUUGCUCAAGUACCAAGGAAGAAGCUUGAGAACAAAUACUGCCCUGAUCUCGUAGAAAAAUGGUUUUCUGGGGAUCAUGCUGAUAUUGGCGGUAGUUGGGCAAUAAAUUGUAAAACUCAAGAACUUGUAAGUACCAUUCCUUUAAGAUGGAUGUUAGCUGAAGCCAUAACAUUUGGUGUAAAUUUUAAAGAUCAAUCAAUUCACAAAUUCGAUGAAGAGACAUCUACUAUAAAUUCAAUUCUGACGCCAAUUAAUGAUUGCCUGAGGUUUGCUCAGAAAAAACAUCUACCAAAACUAUUUAUUGAUACCCAGAAUGACUUAAACCUAGACACUAAUAUACCAGGGAGCUCUGAGCAGAAUAUCAACCAGUUAAAGAGAGAUCUCCAGAAAGGCAAAAAUAUAAAAAGAACAAAAGAAGAAUUAUUAAAACAUAUGUUUAACAUUUCAUGUGGUAGUAUAAGCAAACCUAUGAUACUGCUUUGGUGGUGUUUAGAAUAUGUUCCGAUUGGGAACCGUAUAAUAACUAGUGAAGGUAGAUUAAAGACAAUUUUUAUACCAAACCUCGGGAGAACAAGAGAUAUACCAGAAUCAGCUAGCCUACACUGGUCAGUUUAUUGGAGAAUAAAAUAUGACCCCAAUUAUCGACCAAAUAAUCUUCCUACUUACGUAAAAAAUAUAUUAUAUGAGUUUGAAGGGAUAAGGUUUGGUAAAAAAAAUCAAAAUUAUUAUCGAAGUUCAAUGUUACUUUAA